CUGUACAUGGGAAGCUGUAGCAACCACAGUUGUAGGUAUGACCUGAUCUGUGAACAAGGUAGUGAUCACACAGCGCCCUACACGUGUGUACAGGACACACAGUGUCAGUGGAGAGAUGGCUGCUCAGGUUGUAUUCAAGACAAUGGAGAGAUGAUCCAACCAAACACUCAGGACUUUACGCCUAUUGGCUGCUACCACGCUGCCGGUGCUAACUCUGGAUUUCUGAGUUAUGUUAAUAUGAGACCCCAGAUAAACUGGUAUGACAUUGGCGCGACAGUCCGGGCAUGUGCAGAGGAGGCCAGAAACAGAAUGUUACAGUUCUUUGGUUUGGAGUUUUACGGGGAGUGUUAUAUGAGAAAUGAUACACUGGAUGUGUCAUAG